CCCCAUUUGCAGUCACACUAUAUUUGCAAAGCUAGAAAAAUAACAAAAAAUAACAACAAAGACCAAAUAAAUGUUAGAUUAGACGCAAAUUAAUUGUUAUUAGGUGUUUGUUUGACCUUGAGAACAGCAAAAAGCACCUGAAAUUCGCAACACUGAUCCCUGAGAGGGUGUGCAAAAGUCCGCCUGGCCGGAUCGAUUCCGCACUUUGCACUGCGCAGUCACAAUUUGGCGAAUUGCACAAAGAACGUCAUUAUUUGUAAAUCGAAUUAAGCGAACGUUUGCGUUGUCCAAAAAACAGAUAAUUCCCCCUGCAGAAUGGAUCAUCGCGUUUUCCUGUCGCUGAUCUUUGUGCUCAGCGGCACCUUCAAUGUCCUGGUGGUGAAGUGGGCCAAUCAGCAGCAGGUGCUUGGCAGCGAUGGCCAGCUACACGGCUUCCAGCAUCCGGUGGUCUUUACCCUGCUCAUGUUCCUGGGCGAGUUUCUGUGCUUUCUGGCCUUCAAGCUAAUCCGCCUGAUCUCCAGCCGCCGGGGGCCGGGCACCGAGCUGGACAGCAUUCUGGGCCAGGGCAGCAACGAGUUUAGCCCCCUGAGUAUGCUUUUGCCCACAGUGUUGGACGUUAUUGCCUCCAUUCUUUUGUUUACCGGCCUGUACUUGACUUAUGCGACCAGCUUCCAGAUGAUAAGAGGCGCUGCUCUCAUCUUCGUCGGCAUUUUCAGCACCAUGUUCCUGAACCAUACGCUUAGCUCGCGCCACUGGCUAGCCAUCUUCACCAUCACGUGCGGCCUUCUGGACAUCGUCUCCCUGGACGUUCAGCGCGUUGAUUACGACCGUGUUACCCUACCGCAUACGGACCACAAAUCUAUCCUGACCGGGGACAUGCUUAUCAUCAUUGCCGAGAUCCUGCACGGCCUGCAGUACGUCUACGAGGAGAAACAGCUGAAGACGUCGAAUGUGGCUCCGCUACAAGCCGCCGGCUGGCAGGGCAUCUUUGGUCUGAUCAUCACCUCGCUGCUGGCUGUCUGCCUGCACUUUGUGCCCACCAUGAAUCCCUUCAACGAGAGCUCGCGCGCCGUCUUUGAUGACUGGAGCGACCUGUUGACUGGUCUGCAAGGCAAUCCAGCUUUGAUCUUAGCCCUCAUUGGAUUCACCGUCUCGUGUGCCCUGUACAACUUCGUUGGCCUCUUUAUUGCCAUGUACUCCUCCAGUGCCAACCGGCUGCUGGCCGACGGUCUGCGCGUCUACUUCAUCUGGGUGUUUGUCGUCGUGAUGGAGUGGGAGUACAUCAAUAUAAUCACCAUCAUGGGCUUUAUGAUUCUACAAAUGGGCAUCAUCUUGUACCGUCAGGCCCUGUUCCUCGACUGGUAUCGCGCUGCAGUGGCUCGUUGGCAACGCGCUCGCUACGUGGACUUGGGUGCCGACGGCAACACGGCAUCUCCCAAUAGCCGGCCAGCAGAUGUAAUCUGAGGCAGCAGCAUAGAAGGACUGACAACCGUACGCGGUGGAUUGUGAUAUGAGAGAUGGGCUGGCAGAUCAACCCUGGGCUGAUUCAUAAAGAAUACUUAUCGAUUGUAAACGUUUAAAUUUGUAGAAUCAUUAAGGAAAUACACACAAAGCAUACAUACAUAUGUUUACCCAAAA